AUGCGAGUCUUGCGGUCGUAUUGGAUCCAACUGCUGGUGCUUGCAGCCAUUGCAGCUACCGUGCCGUUCGCGCAAGGACAACAAGAGCCUUGCAGCAUUACCGUCUCGGACGUGACUGCGCUCUACAACGAACUUGGCUCCCCGAGCACGAGUACAGUUGUGUGCAUUAUGCCCGGAACCUACGCCUUCCCCAAUCAGCGAACAAUCAAUCGAUCGGUUUCGUUUCGAGGUCUGGGCACCCGCCCGGAAGAUGUAGUCAUCUCCAAUCAAUACGGCUCUCAGAUUGUGUUUUACGUCACGAAUGGCGCGGGCCUCAGCGUGAAUUUUGAGAAUCUCAAAGUUACUCAAGGCUCGGGAGCCAUUUACCUGAAUACCGGCGUCAGCUCGGUCCUCAAGAACGUCAUUCUGGACGGCUGCACCUCGACGACGCAGUCCCAAGCUGCCGGUCUCCACCUCUUCGGCAGCAACAAUGUUGUGAUGACAGACUCGGUCAUUUCCAACAAUCAAGUUUGGGAUUAUGGUGCCGGCAUGCGUAUCGGGUCGUUCUCGAACGUCCAACUCCAAAACGUUGCGUUCUCGAACAACGCGGGCGCUAUGUAUGGCUCAACCAAUUAUGGUGGUGCCAUCGCCAUUGACACUGUGACCACUGUUACUGUCACUUCAUGCACAUUUACAAACAACCGAGCCUAUUCCGGAGGCGCGAUCGGCGUCAAGGCUGGAGUCUCAAACUCGCUGUCCAUCUCCAAGUCCACGUUUACCGGAAACACUUGUGCGGGCUCUGGCUGGGGCCAUGCCCUCAGUCUCGGAACUACAUCGAAUUCUCGUACAGCAAUCUACAAGAGCACGUUCAAUGGCAACUAUGUCGCAGGCACCGCAGCCAGCUCUAGCAUCUAUACUGCGUCCGGUGCGACCACUACUUUGCUCAUCUACAACAUGAUCACUGCCAGCCAAGUGUCGUCAAACGGGUUUGCCAAUUCGGACGUUGGCUUCGGAGGCAGCGCUACAGUUAUUGCGACCAACGCCGAUGUUAGUGCAGUCAGCAAGAGCGGCACUCCAACCUGGGUGGGCUUGGAUCUUGCGCCCACAUUCUGCACUUCGGCCAUCUCGUCCGGAGCGCAGGCGUGGAUGGUGAAUGUUGUCGACGAGUGCAUGAUUGCCUCGACCUCGUCUGCGGCAAUGGUGUCGCAAUCGAUCGCCUCCGUGUCCCUCGUGUCGGCGAGCUCGGUCUCCUCCGUGUCCGCUGCCUCGGCCUCCUCCGUGUCUGCUACGUCUGCGGCAUCAGUCGCCGCUGUGCUUGCGUCAGUCGCUUCCGUGUCCUCUGCGUCCGCCGCGUCUGUGAUCUCUUCAUCCUCAGUCGCUGCUGCUUUGGCGUCGGCUGCCUCUGUGUCCUCUGUUUCCGCGGCCUCGGUUACGUCCGCAGCCUCAGUUGCCUCCGUGUCCUCCGCGUCUGCAGCGUCUGUUACUUCUGCAGCCUCCGUUGCCGCCGUCUUGGAGUCUGUUGCCUCCGUGUCCUCCGUUUCCGCCGCCUCUGCAGCAUCCGCAGCAUCUGUUGCUUCCGUGUCCUCCGUUUCGGCAGCCUCCGCUACUUCUGCAGCAUCCGUUGCCGCCGUCUUGGAGUCUGCUGCUUCUGUUGCGUCAGUUGCUUCCGUCGCCUCUGUUGCCUCCGUCGCCUCAGUUGCUUCCGUGUCCUCCGUGUCCGCCGCCUCUGCGAUCUCUGCUGCAUCCGUCGCCGCCGCUUUGGAGUCUGCUGCUUCGGUCGCCUCUGUCGCUUCCGUCGCUUCGGUAGCCUCCGUCGCCUCAGUCUCUUCAGCAUCAGCGGCCUCUGCGACGUCAGUCGCAUCGGUCGUCGCAGCUUCGAUGGAGUCGGUCGCUUCUGUCUCCUCAGUGUCUGCAAGCUCCGCGUCGGUCGCUUCCGUUGCGGCUGUCGAGUCUGCCGAGUCGGUCCGCUCGGUUGAGGCUGCCGUCUCCCUCCACUCUGUGCAGUCGGCUGCUUCGGUGUCCUUGAAGAACGUUCUCACCUUGCAGGCUUCGUCUGGCAGCGCCGGAUCCAUAAUCCCAAUCGUGGCUGGCGUCGUUGGUGUUGUCGCUCUCCUUGCUCUCAUCGUCGUCAUUGUCUUGGUCCGUCGUCGCCGCGCGCGCCAGCAGGCUGGAGCUUCCAAGCCCCGUGACGAGUUCUAUUCGACUGGCCUUCAGUACAACCCUCUGGCAGCUAGCCAGGCCUACGAUGUGCUGAAAGUGGGCGGUAACGAAAGCCAAGGCUACGAUCGUCUCGUCGGCCAGGCUGAACGCGACAGCCUUUCCUCUUCCCACACCACCGAGGACCUGUAUGAAACGCUCGCAGCCAUGGAGCCCACCUAUGCCAACCCACCUGCGCCGGAGUAUGGCCAGCCCGCGGCCAAUCCUCUGUACGCGAAUCCCGCUGAUGCCGACGCGUAUGAGCCUGUGAGCAAGACCUCCGCGGCUGCUGCCGGGUACGAUCAGUUGCAAAACCCGAACGCGGCAGCCGAUGGGGCUCAAACCGGCAUGUCCUACGACGUGCCCGCGCCUCCGUCCACCGACUAUUCCAGCGUGAUCAGUGUUUGCCGCGAGUCUUACAUCCCGCCGCAAGGAUCGACCGCUCCUGCCAUUGGCGGCGCGGCGACAGAGUACGCCGACCUGUUGCAUGGCAAACUGUAAAUGCUUUGAUGAUGCUUGUUAAAUUCUGUCUGAAC